AUGCAAAUUAUUCCAAAGCGACACCGAAUCGGGAUAGGAAAGAAGUCGGUUUACGAGAUUCUUGCGCCCUUGAGAGGAAAGGGCAUAGAUCGCAGAAACGCCUUCGGCCACCAGGAAGGCGCCGUUGGUUACGAGAAGUUCAACCAGCUCGAACGCCGAUUUGUUGUUGAAGGGCUGAUUAGCUCCUUCGAGGGGAUGCCAUGGGGUUUCGAUUCCAAAGAGGCAAAGAUGAAGUGGAUAGAGAGGUGCGACGCCAAACGGCCUGCUGUUGCGGUAGAAAUUCAGGGCAGGCGCGUGGACGUCGACGUUUUUUUCUAG